UUUUAUUUUAGAUCACUUCUAUCAUCAACUCCAACCAAAACAAUGGCCAAAGGGAAAGAGCCAAUCAUGGCUUCACAACCCGUAAAGGGCAAAAAGAAGUCUAACGGAAGGAAUGCACUCCAGAAUGGCAAACCUGGCGAAUCUUCUUCCAUGGCAGUCGGCAAAGCUAAAGCAUCAGAGGAUGAGCUGCUGAAGGAUGAAUUAAUGCAAUCUCUCAAUAGACACGAUGCUUCUUUCACUGCUCUUCUUUCUCUCAUUCCCGCAAAUCUUUACCUUGCUCCUGAAUCUGAUUCAGAAGCAGGUUCUGAGAUCGGCGAGAUCUCCUUGGACCAAACUUCCUCCAAUCCGUUGAGCAAACGAAAGAUUGCUGAACUUACAGCCGAAGAACGUAAAGCACGGAUAAGGGAAGCCAAAAGAGCCAAACAUGAUCCAGAAAAUCAAAAGAAUGCCAUCCAGAUACAACAAGAACGAGCGGCAAAGAGAGCCGAAAGACUUGCAGCGCAAGAACGGGAAGAAGAGCAAGAUCUAUCACUCAACUUUUCUAUGGGCAGUGAUUUGAUGAUGAAUGGCAACGAAGGCGCUGGGGAUACAGACGAUGAUGAGGAUAGCGAAGAGGACCAUGAUGAAGAUGACGAUGAUGAUGGAGAUUCGUAUGAGACACUACCCACCAGCACCAAAGGAUCAGAGGAACUAAGCGAUAAACCCGCAAUCCCAAGCCCCCUGCCUGGUGCAGGACCACCAAACAUUCUGGAUUUGCGAGCACGUCUACAAGCAAAGAUUCAAGGAAUUCAAGCCCAAAGACGAGCGCAAGCAUUGGGUCAAAACAGCCAUGGCGAGAUUGGUGAUGAUGAGAGCAUUGCUAGCACAAAGGAUGAGUUGCUAGAAGAAAGGCGCAAACAACGCGGUGAGAUGCGUGAUCGUAGACGUAAGGCCGCCAAAGAACGUAAACGUGCUGAAAGAGAAGGAACUGCACCCAAGAAAGGUAACGGUCAAAAUGCAGGAAAUGACAAGAAAGGUACCACAGCCCCUCAGCUCUUCGUUUCACCUGUUAAUGGGAAGAGCGUUGCACCGUCAACUUCUUCGCUGGCAAACGUGACCGAUUCAAAUGACAUCGCAUUCUCUUCACUUCAAUUUGAUGGACAGUCUUUAGACUCUUUGAAAAAGAGCAAGCAUGCUUUACCAUCUGAUCCUAAAGCUGCUCUUGCCAUCUUGGAAGCACGCAAAAGGAAGGAAGAGGCACGAAGAGCGAAAAUCGAAGCACGCGGAGAGGAUGCAGAAGGAAGCUCGACUAAAAAGGAUGCAGAACAAGCAGAAAAAGAUCGAGCAGAACAUAUCAAAUGGAGUAAAGCUGAAGCAGCAGCUCAAGGAGUCAAAAUUCGUGAUGAUGAAGCUCUUUUGCGAAAAGCGGCAAAGAAACGUGAUAAACAAAAGGCAAAAAGUUCAACAGAAUGGGGUAAACGUAAUCGCGAUUUGGCUUCUCAACAAGCAGCUCGUCAAAAGAAACGUCAGGAUAACAUUGCUGCUCGAAAAGAUAAAAAGGGUGGCGGUAAAAGCGGCGGUGGCGGUGGAGGAAAGAGUGGAAGUAGCUCUUCCAAUGCACAUUCUGCCAAAUCAAAAGCUUUGGGCUCAAAGAGAAAAUCUGGAAGCUCCCGACCCGGAUUUGAAGGGAAGGGUAGAUCGUUUGGCGGUAAAAAAGCUUCAAGUAGCGGCGGAGUCGGAAAGAAGCAAGGAAGAAAGUGAAGCAUUUUGUACAUAGAGCAUUAAUAUCAACACUCAUGAGAUAUCGCUAAUAUGA